AUGGAAAAGACAGUGGAUGAUAGCCAUGGAGGAUUGAGCGACACAGAGGCUCAGAACCAUCUGGAGGUCGUCUUCUAUCCCGACUCCAACCACCGUCGCAAGUCCUCCCUCGUUAUGAUGGAAAAACCCCAUGUCCCACCCCACCUAGCCCAGAACGACAAGACAACCGCUUGCUAUGUUCACAACCUCAUCGCAAGCGAAUGGACAACUCCCCCGAAACACCCCAAAGACACAGAAGAAGAUGUGAUCCGAACACUAAACGAAGAUGAUGAACCCACGGUCGACCUCAAAGCUCCUCACCCGGAAAAUCUGUUAUCUAUGGUGGACGACGAGACCCAAAGCAACAGCAGGCCUGCACCGACCAUCAUUCAAUCUCGGCAUUUGACGAAACGGCAGCUCUCAGAUAUGGCUUGGAAUGUGCGCAAACUAUCUAAGAAGCUGGGCAACAUCAGACUCAAGCUCUCAGUUAAGAAUGUUUUCGUGGUAUGCAAGGCGCAGGACGAGUCAUUGGUCAGUUUGACUCGAAAAGUGACGAGGUGGCUCCUUUCCAAAGAUCGGGACUCUCUCUAUAAUGUUUACGUUGAGCGCCGACUAGAGACGCACCCGGAUUUCGGAGCGAUACAGCUAGUUGAGGACGAGCCUUCAGCGGAGGGCCGGCUUAAGUACUGGGAUUCCAAGCUUGCACAUGAACAGCCCCAUCAGUUCGAUUUUGUGAUCACACUCGGCGGUGAUGGCACUGUUCUCUACACCAGCUGGCUGUUCCAGCGCAUCGUGCCACCAGUACUUUCUUUUGCGCUGGGCUCAUUAGGUUUCCUGACUAAGUUCGAUUUUGCGGAUUACCAAAAAACACUUGAGACUGCGUUCCGGGAGGGCGUGGUCGUCAGCCUUCGAUUACGGUUUGAAUGUACCAUCAUGCGCAGCAAAGCGCGUGCUAAAGACUCCGAUGCGCGAACUCUAUCAAGUCGAGAUUUGGUCGAAGAAUUGCUUGGAGAGGAAGGAGAGGACACCCUGACGCAUACCCCGGAUCGAGUAUAUGAGAUUUUGAACGAUGUCGUUCUCGACCGUGGGCCAAAUCCAAGUAUCAUGAUUCUCUCCCGUCGUGGUGUUCCGUCCAUGUCUCAAAUUGAACUCUUCGGAGACGAUGAGCAUUUCACAACUCUGCUCGCAGAUGGAAUCUGCAUUGCUACUCCAACCGGCUCAACGGCUUACAACCUCGCUGCUGGAGGGUCUCUUUCUCACCCAGAGAACCCUGUGAUUCUUGUUACCGCCAUCUGUGCUCAUACGCUGUCCUUCCGGCCGAUCAUUUUGCCGGACACCAUUGUUUUACGCAUGGGUGUGCCGUAUGAUGCGCGAACGAGCUCGUGGGCUAGUUUCGAUGGCCGUGAGAGGCUUGAGCUACACCCCGGCGACUACGUGACAGUGUCAGCGUCAAGAUACCCCUUUGCCAAUGUCUUACCUCAUGGCGGACAAGGCGAAGACUGGGUGCAUAGUAUUUCCAAGACAUUGAAUUGGAACUCGCGACAAAAGCAAAAGAGUUUCAAGUAA